UUACUAGCGCCCUACUCCCCGCUCUCCGGCACACGGGCCUCUCCAGCCCGUGCCAGAGAGGUUUGCCCAGAGCGCCUCGGUGGCGCCUGGGGACAGUGUCCCUCCGCAGGGAGAGGGGAGGCCCUUCCCUUCGGGGCGGAAGCGGCGCGCGCCGGCGGGGCAGACUUCGCUCGCGUCCUGGGAACAUCUGGAGGAGGCUGGGAGGGGCGCGCAUACAGAGUGCACGCCUAUUGGCUGUACUGACGGAGGGAGGCGGGGUCUGGCUGGGGGGCGGGGCCUACGGGCCCCUUUAAAGCCUUGACAUCAAGAGGCGGCCCCAGCGCCCCCCCUUCUCUGCCCCCCGCCCCUGAUCUCCGGCCAUGGACCCCGCAGAUCCAGCCUGCCCUGGCCCAGCUGCAUGCCUGAUUUCGACAAGGUGACUGGCCUGGCUGUUAGAGUGAGCGUGCCAGCCUGGGUGAGGGACAAAGACAGCCUGCUGGGGCUUCUCUCACGUGCAGACUGAUGUCGUCGGACACCAUGGAGCAGCCGGCCGGGAGCCCCGGGAAGCUGAGGCCAGGAGAGGGCGGUGCCAGCGGCACGGAGCCGGGCACGUGCCAGGAGCUCCUGCACCGGCUGCGGGAGCUGGAGGCGGAGAACAUGGCUCUUGCCCAGGCCAAUGAAAACCAGCGGGAAACCUAUGAGCGCUGUCUGGAUGAGGUCGCCAACCAUGUGGUGCAAGCGCUGCUGAACCAAAAGGACCUGCGGGAAGAGUGCAUCAAGCUCAAGAAGAGGGUCUUUGACCUGGAGCGGCAGAACCAGCUGCUGAGCGCCCUGUUUCAGCAGAAGCUCCAGCUAACCACAGGCUCCCUCCCUCAGAUCCCACUGACCCCGCCUCAGCCACCGUCAGAGCCUCCCGCCUCUCCCGCCCUGAGCGCCGAGGGACCAGCCACCCUGCUACCUCUUGGGCGCUGUGCUGGACAGAGAGAGGUGUGCUGGGAGCAGCAGCUGCGGGCAGGAGGCCCCGGCCCGCCGCCCGCCCCACCGCCGGCGCUGGACGCCCUCUCCCCGUUCCUGCGGAAGAAGGCGCAGAUCUUGGAGGUGCUGCGGGCCCUGGAGGAGACGGACCCGCUGCUUCUGUGCUCGCCCACCCCACCCUGGCGGCCUCCAGGGGAGGCUCCCGGCUCCCCAGAGCCCAUCAACGGGGAGCUGUGUGGCCCACCCCAACCGGAGCCGGCCCCCUGGGCCCCCUACCUGCUCCUGGGCGCUGGGGGCCUGGGGGGCCUGCUGCCCUGGGAGCGCCUCCUGGGGGGCGUGGGCGAGGACGAGGGGACUUCGAGGCCCUGGAGCCCUGGCAGGGGCGUCCCGCCGGCCCCGGGUGCUGGCUGUGGGCCCCCCUGUGCCGCGGGCAGCAGCUCCUCCUCUUCUUCUGACGAGGCCGGGGACCCCAACGAGGCCCCUAGCCCCGAAACUCUGCUCGGGGCCCUGGCCCGCAAGCAGCUGAACCUGGGCCAGGUGCUCGAGGACACGGAGUCCUACCUGCAGGCCUUCCUGGCGGGGGCCGCGGGCCCCAGACGGCCAUCCUCCCCAGACCAGGGCCCCCACCCUCUGUCCAAGUCCAAAGGCCUCCCCAAGUCACCUUGGGCGGGGGGUGCCGCAGAGGCCCACAGGCCGGGCUUUGGUGCUACCUCAGAGGGCCCGGGGCCCCUCCCCUUCCUCAGCAUGUUCAUGGGUGCGGGUGACGCCCCCCUCAGCUCGCGGCCCGGCCACCCCCACUCCUCAUCUCAGGUGAAAAGCAAGCUCCAAAUCGGCCCCCCUUCUCCUGCAGAAGGCCAGGGGCCCCUCCUGCCCUCCCCAGCCAGAGGUCUCAAAUUCCUAAAGUUGCCUCCAGCUUCGGAAAAGCUCCCCAGCCCAGGCGGCCCGCAGCUCAGCCCCCAGCUGCCCCGGAAUUCCCGAAUCCCCUGUCGGAAUAGUGGCUCCGACGGCAGCCCCUCCCCUCUGCUGGCACGCAGAGGCCUGGGCGGGGGAGAGCUGUCCCCAGAGGGACCCCAGGGCCUGCCGGGCAGCCCCCCACCCUGUGCCACAUCGCCCGAACCCGGCCUGCUCAGACCUCCCCCGCCGGCCUUGUCCACAGCGCUGUCCCCGGGGCCCUCUGGCAGCGUGCCUGCCUGCUAUGAGAACAUCCUGGACCUUUCCCGGAGCACUUUUAGGGGGCCUUCCCCAGAGCCGCCUCCAUCCCCGCUACAGGUGGCCGCCUACCCACCACUCACUCUGGACGUGCCCCAGACUCCUGAGGUCCUCAGAAGCCCUGGGGUCCCCCCUAGCCCUUGCCUCCCAGAAUCUUGCCCCUAUGGGGGUACCCAGGACAAGAACUUGGACAAGGCAGGCUCGGAGUCACCCCACCCUGGCCGCAGGACCCCGGGCAGCUCCUCCAAGAAGCCCAGCCAGGGGGCGGGGCGGCGGCCCACGAACACUGGCCUCACGCCCCUGCAGGACAGACUGACGGUGCUGGGGAAGCUGAAGACUGGCCCCGAGGGGCCCCAAGGCCCAGAGAAGAAUGGGGUACCCGCCAGGCCUGGCUCCGAGAAGGGCCGGGGGCCGGGGAGGUCAGGGGAGAGCGCUGGGGAUGCUGUGGCCCCCACCCCCCGCCCCCCCGAGCAGCCAGAAGCCAAGGGGUCGCUGCGGGGGACGGUGGCCUUAGGCACGAACAGCCUGAAGCAGCAGGAACUGGGGCUCCUGGCAGAGGCUGGGGCCCGAGUCUAUUCCUCCCACUCCAUGGGGGCUCGCGUGGACCUGGAGCCCAUCUCCCCAAGGAGCUGCCUCACCAAAGUCGAGCUGGCCAAGAGCCGGCUGGCAGGGGCCCUGUGCCCCCAGGUACCCCGCAUCCCUGCCAAAGUGCCAACCUCUGCCCCCAGCACGGGCAAGCCCAGCAAGAGUCCCCACGGCAGCCCCACGAAGCUGCCGUCUAAGUCGCCCACCAAGGUGGCCCCCCGGCCUGUGGCCUCUCCAGCCACCACCAAGGACGCCCCUAGGCCUGACAAGGGCAAGGGGCCACCCUGGGCAGACGGUGGCAGUCCCACGGCCCAGCCCACCUCCCCAGCCCCGGGCCCUGCUGACCCGAGCCAGGGCCCUGAGGGGCGCACCCCCCACUCGGCCAUUGAGGAGAAGGUGAUGAAGGGCAUAGAGGAGAACGUGCUGCGGCUCCAGGGCCAGGACAGGGCGCCGGGUCCCGAGCCCAAGCACCGCAACGCCAGCAGCAUCGCCAGCUGGUUUGGCCUGAAGAAGAGCAAACUGCCCGCGCUGAACCGCCGCACCGAGACCACCAAGAGCAAGGAAGGGGCCAGCGGGGGCUCCCCGCUCCGGAAGGAGGGCAAGACGGAAGCCCGGAAGCUGGAGGCCGAAAGCCUCAACAUCUCUAAGCUGAUGGCGAAGGCGGAAGACCUGCGCCGGGCGCUGGAGGAGGAGAAGGCCUACCUGAGCAGCCGGGCGCGGCCGCGGCCCGGAGCUCCCGGGACCGCGCAGGGCCAGGUGCAGGGCCAGCUGGCCGGCAUGUACCAGGGUGCCGACACCUUCAUGCAGCAGCUGCUCAACAGGCCCAGCACCCUGGGAGGAGGCAGGCCUCCCUCACCCCCGUCUGCACCGCUGCCCCCUAGGGUGGAUGGCAAGGAGCUGCCACCCAAGAGCUGGCGAGAGCCCAAGGCUGACUAUGGAGAUUUCCAGCCGGUGUCCUCUGACCCCAAGAGCCCCUGGCCGGCCUGUGGGCCCCGAAAUGGCCUGGUGGGCCCGCUUCAGGGCUGUGGGAAACCUCCUGGCAAGCCAAGCAGCGAGCCGGGCAGGCGGGAGGAGGUGCCCUCAGAGGACAGCCUGGCCGAGCCAGUGCCCACUUCACACUUCACAGCCUGUGGAUCCCUGACUCGAACCCUGGACAGUGGCAUCGGGACCUUCCCGCCCCCAGACCAUGGAGGCGGCGGGACGCCCAGCAAGAAUCUCCCCAAGUCCAAACCACCACGUCUGGAUCCCCCGCCUGGGGUGCCCCCCUCCCGGCCCCCACCCCUCACCAAAGUCCCCCGCCGCGCGCACACACUGGAACGCGAGGUGCCGGGCCUCGAGGAGCUGCUGGUGAGCGGGCGGCACCCCAGCGUGCCCGCCUUCCCCGUGCUGCUCGCCGGCGCCCCGGGCCACCACGGACACCAGGCCUGCCCUCACGAUCCCUGUGAAGAGCCGGGCCCGCCGCCACCUGUGCAGCUGGCCAAGAACUGGACCUUCCCCAAUGCAAGGGCAGCGGGGGGGUCCUCCGACCCUUUCCUUUGCCCACCCCGACAACUGGAGGGACUGCCCAGGACCCCCAUGGCCUUGCCCGUGGACCGGAAGCGGAGCAUGGAGUCCAGCCGCCCCGCCCCCACGCCUCCGGGCCCGGUGUUUGGGGGCAGCCGCACCCCCAGCACAUCUGAUGUGGGCGAGGAAGGCAGAGUGGCCAGCGGGGGGCCCCCAGGGCUGGAGACCUCAGAGUCACUCAGUGACUCGCUCUACGACUCGCUCUCGUCCUGUGGGAGUCAGGGCUAGAGGCUGUGCCCCGCCACCACCCUCUCGCGUGGGGCACCGCAGGCUGGAGCAGCUCUCGGGCCCCAACUGAAGGGACCACGAAGGCAGGUGGAUGUGAGGGCGAGGGGGUCCCGCCCCUGCUCGGGGCGGCUGCUGUGGAGGUCACAGGUCUCAGCUCAGGGACGGGCCCACCCUCGGCCCCUUCUCCCCAGGGCCAGGCUCUUCCCCGGGGCCCAGCGCCCAGCCUCCUUCAGGCCGAGCCAUCUUGAGGUGCUGGGCGUCCUGCGUACAGCCACGCCAUCUCUGCGCCCACCUGCUCUCGUCCCCGACCCCGCAGGGCCAGUCCAGAGGCCCCGUGCUGGAGUUUUGGGGAGAGGGGCCAAGUUGCCUUCUCCGUGUGCCCUGGUCCCCCUUCUGUCUGGAUGGUGCUGCCCCUCCCACCCCAGGUCUCUGGGGGUUGUUUGUCUGUCCUUUUGAUUUUUUAUAUUAAAGCGCCUGGCCCGAUCUCCACCCACCCCAGCCCCGCACUGCGGUUAAUUUAUCUGUCGUUAAACACGGCUUCUCUGCUUCCUGCCUCUGCUUCUGCUGUAUCCCCAAUAAAAUGUAGAGGCCCGCCCUCGCCUCCCGA